AUGGACAGUGAUGUGGACAGAAUAGACUGUUCCCUCCUGAACCAAACAACGUUAACAUCACCGUCCCAAGGUUUUCCUCAGAAAAACUCGCAGGGAAUAUGCUUGUUUCUUCCAUCCAAUAGAUCGAGAUUGGAACAUCAGUUUUUGGGUAUGCAAGCAUGUGCAAUGAAUGUUCAAUAA